GCGGGCCCGCGCGGCGCAUGCGCGCUGCAUUGUUUUGACUGAAAAUGCCGUCGGUUUCGAAAGCGGCGGCGGCGGCGUUGAGCGGGUCCCCCCCGCAGACCGAGAAGCCGACCCACUACAGGUAUCUAAAGGAGUUUAGGACAGAGCAGUGCUCCCUGUUUGUGCAGCACAAGUGCACCCAGCACAGGCCAUUUACCUGUUUCCAUUGGCAUUUCCUAAAUCAGCGUCGGCGCAGACCGCUCCGCAGGCGCGACGGCACUUUUAACUACAGCCCGGACGUGUACUGCUCCAAGUACGACGAGGCCAGCGGCUUGUGCCCCGACGGCGACGAAUGUCCGUACCUGCACCGGACGACCGGGGACACGGAGCGCAAGUAUCACCUGCGCUACUAUAAGACGGGCACAUGCAUCCAUGAGACAGAUGCCCGGGGCCACUGCGUGAAGAACGGGCUGCACUGCGCCUUCGCGCACGGCCCCCUGGACCUGCGGCCGCCCGUGUGUGACAUCAGGGAGCUGCAGGCCCAGGAAGCCCUGCAGAACGGCCAGCUCAGUGCUGGGGAUGGCGUCCCUGACCUGCAGCCUGGGGUCUUGGCCAGCCAGGCCCUGAUGGAGAAGAUCCUGGGCGAGGACCCCCGGUGGCAAGAUACCAACUUCGUGCUAGGCAGCUACAAGACAGAGCAGUGCCCCAAGCCGCCACGCCUGUGCCGCCAGGGCUACGCAUGCCCGCACUUCCACAAUAGCAGGGACCGGCGGCGGGACCCCCGGAGGUUCCAGUACAGGUCCACCCCCUGCCCCAGCGUGAAGCACGGUGACGAGUGGGGCGAGCCCUCCAGGUGCGAGAGCGGGGACAGCUGUCAGUACUGCCACUCGCGCACAGAGCAGCAGUUCCACCCCGAGAUCUACAAGUCUACCAAGUGCAACGACAUGCGACAGACCGGGCACUGCCCUCGGGGCCCCUUCUGUGCUUUUGCGCACGUGGAGAAGAGUCUUGGAAUGGCCAGCGACUGGGGCUGCCGAGACCUCACCUCCACCAGCGGCCCCGUGGCCCCCAGCGGGCAGCCCGGACACGCAAAGCGGAGAGAUUCACCUGCUGAAGGCAGCCAGAAGGCCAGCGAGCAGGACAGUAAGCAGAGCCACCUGGCAGUGUUGGCAGUGGGUCACCCCCUCGCUCCCAGCAUGAGUUCCAGCCUCGCAUCCAGCCUGGCAUCCAGCACUGGCUCAGGCGGCUCCUCGCCCACCACUUUGCCCACUGUCUCAGCUCGUGCCCACCCUCUUGACCCCACUGGCAGCGCCGUCGAGGUGGUCCCAGGAUCCUCCUUAGACCUUCACCUCGGUGACAUCAGCCUCGUGCCCCCAGAUAAGGACCUGGAGGAGCACGACAGCCGUGACCUCGGACCCACAGGUCAGCGGUCGCUGGGGGGCUCGGCGCCCGUGGCCAUCCCAGGCUGCCUGCCCCGCUCCCCGUCCCUGCAGUCCUCAUCGUCCCUGUCCGCCUCCCCACUCGGCUCCUUCUCCCAGUCCCUGUCGGGGCCGCUCGUCUCCUCAGCCAUGACGCCCCCCCAGCAGCCUCAAGCCCUCAAGUCGGAGCCCCGAGCGCUGGGCCCCCCAGCCCCGUCCUACAACUCCUUCGGCUUGAAUGGCGUCCCCGGCAGCAUCUGGGACUUUGUCUCUGGCAGCUUCUCUCCCAGCCCGUCACCCAUCCUGAAUGCUGGCCCCACGGCCCCUUCAGGCGCGAGUCCAAACAGUGCCGAGCUGGCGCGGGUCAGGCGGCAGCUGGAGGAGGCCAAGAGGAAGAUCCGGCAGUGGGAGGAGUCCUGGCAACAGGUGAAGCAGGUGAGCCUGGGAAGGGGCCGCCGCGCAGGUGAGACAGGUGUGUGUGGCGGCUGCCGGCCCCGUCACGCAGCCCCUGGGUUUCAGGCCUGUGACGCGUGGCAGCGGGAGGCCAAGGAGGCCAAGGAGCGGGCGCUCGCAGCCGACAGCGCCCGGCAGCUGGCGCUGCAGAAGAAGGAUGAGGUGGAGGCCCAGUUCCGACGGCUGCAGGAGGAGCUGGAGGGCCGGGGCUUGGCCUCCAUGCUCCCCGGGCUGCGCGGCUGUGGUGACAUCAGCGCCAUCCCCCUGCCGAAGCUGCAUUCGCUGCAGAGUCAGCUGCGCCUCGAUUUGGAAGCAGUGGAUGGGGGAACUCAUUUCCUGAACACGUGCACAUUAACUGGAGCGUCAGUGACAGCGCCCUGCGCCUGCGGCCUCCCGCUCAAGUGCCUGCGCCUAGGAAAGCCAAGGAGCUGCGUGCUGUCCUUUCUCCCCUGGACUUGGUCAGCGCGGUGACAGUGAGCAGGGCAGUGGGGUGGGGGACCCGACGGGGCGGGCAUCAUACUGACUGUGCAGAGCCAUGUGGUGCUCCCCCUUCCCAGAGCUUGCUGGCAGGCAUCCUGGCUGGAGCCUCUCUCCACCCAUGUGGGAGACCCUAGCCAGCCUCCAGGGCGACACUGCACUGGAUCUGUUUGUGCAGGUGUUAUGUUCGAGGGACCAUGGGGUUGGGGAGGACCCAGCCGCCGUGCGGGGGCAGGGUGGCAGAAAGGCUGCUGGGAACGGGUCAGAUUUUAGUGCCGGCUUCAGUCUUUUCUGUCUGCAUUGGGUCACUUUCCCUAGGAAUCUGGGAGGAAGUAAAACCUGUCUGUAGUUGACCCAGACUUUGCUCGUGGCAGAUCCAGAUUGGCUUGAGAAUCUUCCCAGAGUCUGCCACCAGGUGCGGAGCAGGGGCUGGGCCCUGGCCCGGAAGGGACAGGAUGCCCCCUGCUUGGGGCUGUGCCAAAGACUUUAUAUAGCAUUUUUUAAGUGCAAGGUGACUAGGUAAAAAUUUUUAUCAGUGACCAAAUUAGAAUGUAUUUACUAUAGUGAGAAGUUUAAGACCUUUUUUUUUUUUUUAACAUAAGACAAACUGAUAGGAAAGCUGUCAUUUUUUAAGGUGGGUCCAUGGCAUCGUGCAGCUCGCCCGCUGCUAAAGGUAACUAUAUGACUUGGUUGUAGUGAAUCUACUUUGUUUCUAAUUAUACUGAUAAUGAUUUAGUAGCUCUUAGAAAUUACGUAUAUUUUGUGCUACUGUUAUCACUGUUUAAAAUUCUUUAUUUUAUUAAUAUUUAUGCACUUGUUUCCCAUUUCAGGCCUUUGGUCUUUUGGGGGGAAAAUAGGACGUUUGUUAUUGACAUCUAGCCUAGAUAUUUUCAAAUUAUAAGCAAGAACAAUUAAGCUUUAGGUGUAUUUAUAAGCUAUUCCGGUCAGUUCUUUCUGUGGGGUUCGGGGUGGGGGUUGGAGGCGCCCCCUCCCAGGCACUCGCUGGCUCUGAGGACAGGUGUGUGGUGGGAAGACCAAAGAACCACCCAGAGUGGAGCUCCCGGGGCUACCUCGGGGCCCUCCCACCCCUGCUGCCUGUCUGCGGUGGCCCUGGUGUUCUGAGGGGCCACCCAUGCUGGGCUCAGCCAGGCUCGGCGUCUCAGGGUGUCACCGCCCCGCAGUCAGGUGAUGAAGGGGGGCGCUGGGUGUAGCAGCUGAAGCUGCGUGGUGCUCGGCGAGGCCGUUCUUGUUGCCGAAUCUGUCAGCUCCUGAGUGUUCAGUAUUAGCGGUGAUGUUACAUUGUCACACCAUUUGUGUAACUGUGGUCAGCAGAAGACCACGACUCAGUGUGGAUGCUUCAUGUGGAUUAAUUUAUGGAAGCCCCAAUCUGUAUGUCUGUUUUGAGUAUUUAGAGGAGAAUGUUAUUGGAAUGGAAUUUUUUUAACCCAGAAGGUAGUAUUUAUAAUGCAUAAUCAUUUACUUGUAGUGAAUUGUUUAAAGUUAACACUUGUUCAAAUUUUUUUACACUAUAGCAUUUAUGCAAUGGUUUACAGAAUUCAUGGAAUUAUUUUUAUCAGUAGGGAAAUUAAUUAAAACUUUGAAUCUUUA